CCGCGCCUGACUUCUGUUAGACCCAGGAGGCAGAAUCCACGCCCUGCGCGGGUGGGCCUAGGCACGCCUGUAAACAUUGCUGCCAGUUACCCUAGUUUUCCCAGAUCAUUCAGUGCUCAGGAAAUGAGCCUCUAGGUGCCAACUCUUUCUCAUCCUGGUGCCCGAACGCACAUGGACCCAGGAGUCCAGAGUCUUCCCUGCCUGGGGAACUUCCUUUUCCUCUAACCAUGGGCUGGGGGCCCUGUCAGGUGCAAAGUACCAGCCAGGAUAAAGGUUCACUGAUGGCUCAGUUGGGAGCAGUUGUGGCUGUGGCUGCCAGUUUCUUUUGUGCAUCUCUCUUCUCAGCUGUGCACAAGAUAGAAGAGGGACAUAUUGGGGUAUACUACAGAGGUGGUGCCCUGCUGACUUCCACCAGCGGCCCUGGUUUCCAUCUCAUGCUCCCUUUCAUCACAUCAUAUAAGUCUGUGCAGACCACACUGCAGACAGAUGAGGUGAAGAAUGUACCCUGUGGAACCAGUGGUGGUGUGAUGAUCUACUUUGACAGAAUUGAAGUGGUGAACUUCCUGGUCCCAAACGCAGUGUAUGACAUAGUGAAGAACUACACUGCUGACUACGACAAGGCCCUCAUCUUCAACAAGAUUCACCAUGAACUGAACCAGUUCUGCAGUGUGCAUACGCUUCAAGAGGUCUACAUAGAGCUCUUCGAUCAGAUUGAUGAAAAUCUCAAACUGGCUUUGCAACAGGACCUGACCUCCAUGGCCCCUGGGCUUGUCAUCCAAGCUGUGCGUGUGACAAAGCCCAAUAUACCUGAGGCGAUCCGCAGAAAUUACGAGUUGAUGGAAAGCGAGAAGACAAAGCUUCUCAUUGCAGCCCAGAAACAGAAGGUGGUGGAGAAGGAAGCUGAGACCGAGCGGAAGAAGGCCCUCAUUGAGGCAGAAAAAGUGGCUCAGGUUGCAGAAAUCACCUACGGACAGAAGGUGAUGGAGAAGGAGACUGAGAAGAAGAUUUCAGAAAUUGAAGAUGCUGCGUUUCUGGCCCGGGAGAAGGCAAAGGCAGAUGCUGAGUGCUACACUGCUUUGAAAAUUGCCGAAGCAAAUAAGCUGAAGCUGACCCCUGAAUAUCUGCAACUGAUGAAGUACAAGGCCAUUGCUUCCAACAGCAAGAUUUACUUUGGCAAAGACAUCCCUAACAUGUUCGUGGAUUCUGCAGGCAAUCUGGGCAAGCAGUUUGAGGGGCUAGCUGACAAGCUGGGCUUCGGCUUAGAAGAUGAGCCCUUGGAGGCAGACACUGAGGAGAAUUGAAAAAAAAAGUUUUAUACAACCUCAGAUGACAUUUAAAGAGAUCUUUAUUUUUUAAUGAUGAACCAAGAUGCCCCUCCCUCCUACACGACCUUCUUUGACUCUCUUCCACAUACUGUGGUGAACAAAGAAGAAAUGGACUUAAAUUUAUUCCCUUGGGAAGGGAGGGCAGGGGUUGAUGAUUUGGGGUUUUAUUCAGGUAAGUAUUCUAUAUGACUUCUGUUAAGAUUUGUAAACCAUGUGUUUGAACUUUGACCUCCAGGCACUAAUUUUAGACCUUUGAAGCUGGCUUAAUUAGGGAUGCUAUCAUUAAGGACUGGGAGCAAUAGAGGGUGUUGCCUGUAGGUGAUUUGAUUUCCCUUAUUUGGGAAAAUGUGGUCCAGUUUUCUCGCCCCUGCCUCUGAGGUGGGAGAUGCCUGUGGGUGAGGCUCACAACUGAGCAAAUAUGUGUUUGUAAGUUUGCCAGGAGAGCCGUGGGGAAACAGCUGCACAGUGUUUGGCUUUCCUGGCGUUUUUGUCAGUGCAUACAUGAGUUAUUUUAGAGGCCUGCUUCUUGAGCCCUCAUCAGGCAGAACUGGUGCUAGGUUUUGCAAGCUUUUCUACCCUCCUUGCCCUGGGGCUUAACGUGGUCGUUCUGACUGCAUUGCCAGAGUCAGGGUUUGGCCACUACUACACAAUUCUUUUUAAAAUUUUUCACCUAUUCUGUGAUUUGGUUGUUUUGGGUUUUUUUUUUCUCUCAAUCUGUUAGUUGUUUCCAGUCAGCAUCAAGAAGACAGGAACAAACAACUCAAAUGUCUUAAAUAGCUGCUAAAGUGGGAUCAUUAUGCCUGUUAGCUACUCCAGUACCUGCUUGGCAAACUGUAUAUUCCUUGAGAUCAAAUGUCUUUUUGUGGAGAUGCUACAUUGAAGAGCUCCUCUGGAAGAGAAAGGAGGGUCAUCCAAAAGAGUUCUUCAUGCCUAUGGCUUGUGCUGGAAGUUUGUCUGUCAGUCAUAAAAGGGGGCCCCUUCUCUAAGUAGCACACGUUUUUAAAUCCAGGGCUCCGGGCAGCGACACAGGAGUCAGACUAAAUGUUCAAUCUUCAGAGACAGCUGUGUGGGUGCAAGUCAGAGUUUAUGCCCCAGCCCCUGGUUUGGAAUGGCUGCAUCACAUUCUGUCCAGGUUUUAUUUUUCAUUACUAAGAAAAGUUUGAGUCACUCUGGGAGAUUUGGGGUAGGGGCGACCAAACAUGAAAGAAAGGUCUUCUUGUACCCUGGAAUUGGAGGUGAGGGUGGGGGAUCCAGCCUGUAUAGCCUGUGAGUUGUGUGCCAAAUUGUUAAGUGGAAGACAGCUAUCUGGAGUGACCAUUGCAAGCGUGUCGGUAUUCUCCAUGACAAGCUCUGGCUUAGGAUUUGGCCUUGUUAUCAGCUGCCCCCACCCCCACCCCCAGAAAUACUCCUGCUGUACCCCCUCUUCCCUCAGUGAAACUAUGAAUGCAACUUUCUGGCACAGAUCCCUACCUCUAUUUUGGUCCCAUGCCCAGACUUCUGGUUUAUUAAAUGGCCCCAGAACUCAGGCCAGCUUGCUCCUAAAUAGCAAGUUGGGGAUCAUUCAGCCUGCCUAGGAAGAAACAAUGUUAAUUCCUUUUAAUUCAAAUGCUGCCCUUUUCUGUUCUAAUUCUUGGGACUAGAAUUCUCAAAUCACUGGAUCACACUUUGUGCAGGCAGCCAAAUGUCCCUUGGGAGUGAUGGAUGGAUUUGAAUAUGCUCAAAAGUCCUUGCAGAAGGCAGUCAGUCUCACAGGACCAACAUAACGUGGGGUAUCCAUUAUUAAGAUGCACUGACCCUCCUCCCAUUUCAAUACCUUUAAUUGCUUGUUAGGAGCAACAUGUCACAUCCAGCAUCCUUGACUUGUAUAUUUAUCUGCUCCCUCUACUCUGAGACUAACACCUAGGCCUCAGAAAGCAUUACUUCACUACAAUAGAACAAGGAGCAAGGAUAUCUCAGUCUCUUGGAAUUGCAUGUUUGCUCUGGUUCUUACCCUGAAAGUCUCUGUAACUCUAACAUCCUGUGAUAGCUUGUCCCUUGCACUAGAUACUCUUUGACCACAGAACAGCAUCAGUAAAGUCCUGUUGCACCUGCCCCUCCUGAUGUUAACGUUGCUUCCUCUUUAAACAAAAAAUAUAAAUGCUGUAGUACCCAUUUGUUUAAAUCCAAUGGUUGUCUGUACCUGCCUGAAUAGUAAGAUCGUGGAAGUCAGCGGUUUCCUUAGCAUGAGACAACUAACCAAUCUGUGUUUGUGGCUUUGUUUCUUACACUAGAAAAUCUGACUUAACAUCUGAAUUCUAAACGUAAAAUGUGACAGCCUGCAAUUUUGUAGGCAGUAAAGUCGUGGCUGCUAUUUAUAAGUGGAACUUCUAUCAAAAUAAGUAACUGUUUAUAAAAUUCAGUUUUUGUAGGAUUUUCCAAGGCAAAGUCACCUUGGUUGAAUGUUUCUCACUCAUUACACUUUGCAGAAGUGAUUCAUAGUCCGUACUGUUUUUAACACUUUUUUAUAUAAAGACAGAAUGUUUGCAAGAAAGCCAAAGUUUGUUAAUAAUUUUUAUAUGACUAAAAUAAAAUAAAUUUGGAGGGAUCUAUAAUCAUUAAGCUGGGGGGAGGGGA